UGCCCAACGGUUGGGCUGUGGUGCGGUUGCGGUUGCGGUCGUAUUUCAUCCCGUUUGGUUCAGGUCCGAGUCGCGUGCGAUCUGAAAAUUGGUGCGGUGCCAUAACUCACGGUGUUCGACUGAUAAGGAUCUAAGAGUUUCCUCGUAGAGAUGUCUUUCUCAAUCCUUGACAUUACGGCCGAGAAGGAUGGCGGCAAGUCCAAGGAUAAAAAGUGGCCCUGGUUUGGAGCCCCCAUCUACGCAGCAGCCGCGUUUGCUCUCUUCUACGCCGCGGUCCUGCCCAGCUUCCAUAGCUAUCCGAAGAUGUUGUACCAAAGCGAUGAGGCCCAGCAUCCGGAUGAGUUCAUCGGCGAACGGGCGAUGCGGCAGUUGGCCGAGUACUCAGCGAUUGGCAACAAAAUGAGCGGCUCCAUCAACAACGAAGUGCACACGGUCAAUUUCCUGUUGCGCGAGAUUCAGAAGAUCAAGGACGAGGCCCGCACGGAUCUCUACGACAUUGAGGUGGACACGCAGUACUCUUCAGGCGGCUUCCACCUGUGGGGCAUGACCAUCACCUAUACCAACCUCUCCAACGUGGUGGUUAAAAUAUCACAAAAGAGUUCGAACAACGACAACUAUCUGCUGGUGAACUCCCACUACGAUUCGGAGGUGCAAACCCCUGCUGCAGGAGAUGAUGGCGUCAUGGUAGUGGUCAUGCUGGAAACCCUGCGCGUGAUCUCGCGUUCUGAAAAGCCCCUUAUCCAUCCCGUGGUCUUCCUGUUCAACGGCGCCGAGGAGGCCUGCAUGCUCGGCUCCCAUGGAUUUAUCACACAGCACAAAUGGGCCAAGAACUGCAAAGCUUUGGUCAACCUGGACUCGACUGGUGCCGGAGGACGGGAGGUGCUUUUCCAGACAGGUCCCAACCAUCCGUGGCUGGCUAAAUACUACCAGGCGAGUGUGCCACAUCCAUACGCCCAGACCUUGGCCGAGGAGCUGUUCCAGAAUAACUUCAUACCCUCGGACACCGACUUUCGCAUUUUCCGCGAUUACGGAGGAGUUCCUGGUCUGGAUAUGGCCAGCGUGAUGAAUGGAUAUGUGUACCACACCGAGUUCGAUAAUUUCCGGAAUGUGGAGCGUGGCACCUACCAGUCGACGGGUGAGAACGUUCUGCCCCUGGUUUGGGCUCUGGCCAAUGCACCCGAAUUGGAUGACACCGCUGCCCACGAGAAAGGACAUACUGUGUUCUUCGACUUCCUGGGCUGGUUCAUGCUGACCUAUACCACGUCCGUGAGCCUGGCCAUAAAUGUGGUGGUUUCCGUGGUGGCCUUUGUUUGCAUUGGCACCUCGAUUUACAUCAUGACAUUGGACAAUGGUGCGGAUGCCGCGAAGGCGGUGUUCAUGCGGUUCGGCAUCAUCUUCUUGGUUCAAGCGGGAACUCUUCUCGUGGCAUGUGGUCUGACCCUCCUGGUGGCCGUUUUUAUGCAAGGCGUGGGACUAGCCGAAUCCUGGUACUCCGGCAAAUGGAUGUCAUUUGGCCUGUACUUCUGCACCCUGUUCUUCGUGUUUGGCCUGCUCCCUGCACUAUAUAUUGGAUUCACGAAGAGGAAAACGAACAUGAAGUUGGAUCAGACCAUUGCCUGCUUCAUGCAUGCCCAGUGCAUCCUGCUAGCAUUGCUCUGCAUUAUCAUGACCAGCAUGGGCAUAAGAUCCAGCUAUUUCCCCAUGGUUGGCAUCUUCUUCUAUGCGAUUUCCGUCCUUGUACAAAUCAUUCUCAAGCUUACGCUGAAGAAAAGCUAUUUUGUGACAGUCCAUCUGUUGUGCCAGAUACUGCCCUUCUUCUUCUACACCUACAUCUGCUAUGCCACCCUCGUGACUUUUGUGCCAAUGGAGGGUCGCGAUGGUCCCGAGAGCAGUCCCGACAUAAUGGUGUCUGUUUUUGUCAUUGCAACCGCAAUAAACUACGCUGGAUUUGUGAUUCCCAUCAUGCACAAGUUCCGCAAGCCCAAGAUUAUAUUUUCUUCAUUUGGUGUGAUGACAAUUGUAUUCAUUAUCUUGGCUGCCACAUCCGCCGGAUUUCCGUUUGUAAAGGAAGUGGCUCCCCAGCGUUACUAUGUGCUGCACACUCAGCGAACCUUCCAUAGCUUGGAUGGUGUCGCCAAACAGGACUCUGGCUAUUAUAUUCAGCCCGUGGAUACGCGUCUUCAUGAGCUAGAUGACACCACGUUCAAGAAUGCAGAGCCUGCCAGUUGGACGGCAGCAACCUGUGCCGCCGAGCCCUUUUGUGGUCUGCCCCUGUACAGUGGACGCUGGAUUGAUUGGAAAGAUUCGGCUCGUUGGAUAUACAGCACGCCACCGGUUUUCCCAAUGAGCAUCAAUCUCACCCAGCUUUCUAAACAAUCUGUGGGUGGCAACAACAAGGUGCGCUAUGAGUACAACCUGAGGGCCAGCGAUCGGGUCAUGCUGUACAUAGAUCCCCUCGAUAAGGUCAGGGUGACCGACUGGUCCUUCGACCAGACUCCGUUGGAGGAGCAGCACACACCGCCGUACCUAAUCUACGCCAUAUACUCCUUCACCGAAGAGCCCCUCAACUUUUGGGUAGAGCUCGAGCACGAGGAGAGCAACACAGAAGGACCCUACCUAAAGCUGGUGGUCACCCAGCACUUCCAGUACCAUCCGGAGCACUAUACCGAGGACUACAAGCAGUUCCUUGCCACAUUCCCCGACUGGACCUACACCACCGACUGGUUCUCGGCCCUCGAGAGCUGGAUCGUAUAGUCAGCGAUGAGAAUAUAGACUCCAAACUUUGUUUAUCUUA